AUGCUCAAAGGACUGCUCUCACUUGUGACACCAAACAGCAAAGACAAGAAAAGGAAGAGGUCAUCGGCAGGGCUUUCAGUCCGAACAGCGCCUGUGGCGGAAACGUCGUUCUUCUCUGACGCCGAUGUAUCGAAUCUGAAUGAAACGAGCGUAACGCUUCCGUUGGGUGAAGGACUGGCGAACACAUCAAUGAUUUCCACAGAACGAUUACUUGCGGACAUGUCGUUCAGUCGUGCUGAACGGAAAAGCCGAACGACUUCAUUCGACUUCUGUCUAACCGAUUAUCCGAAAGAUGUUGUUGUUCACCGUCGAAGCCUUCAGCCAACGACACCAACACCAAACGCGUCUGACGCCGAACACUCUUUCAUCGAAAAUAUUUUCGACUCUCCUGGUCAACGAAACCGUAUGCAUUCGAUGAUCGGUGAGAAAAUCUAUGAAGCUGGAAACGGAUCGCCUCAGAAGGACUUGCAAACAGUCAGUAAAAAGUUGUGA